UACAGACGUGUUUUCAAACAGUUUGGUUCGUUUCUUCGGAUAUUCAAAAAGGAAACGUAUACUUUAAUUUAAAAGUCUCACCGUUUAAGCCAAUUGUUGAUUUAUUUAUUUUGCAUUUGCACUGAAUAGAAGAAGGACGGAAGGAGUCGUGAUUUUUUAACAAUAAUUUCGAAGCCAAAAAAAACUCUACAAUUUAAAUAAAUAUAACAAAAAAACGUCAACAUGUUGCAGUUACGAUCUGUCUCAACAUUUACUAUAACAACAUUUCUGAUGGUGUUGUCUGCUGUGGCUAUUGUGGUGGUGGCACAACAACUAAAAGCCAAUCAAGAGGAUCCGUGCAAAGUGAAAGGUCGUGUGGUGGGUGAUGUGACUCAUUGCGAUCGCUAUUGGGACUGUGUCAAUAAUCAACCGGAAUUGUACGAUUGUCCGAAUGGUCUCGUCUUUGCCGGUAAACAUCGCGGUGUAACGGAAGGCUGCGAUUAUCCAUGGCGUGCCAACUAUUGCGAUGGCAAACAAUUAGCAAAUGGUCCAAUUUCCACAGAACAUUGCGACUGGUUAUAUGGCAUAUUUGGUCAUGAAACAUCAUGUACACGUUACUGGACUUGUUGGAAUGGUACAGCAACUGAGCAAUUGUGUAUCGGCGGUUUGUUAUACAAUGAAAAUGCACACAGUUGCGAUUGGCCGGAAAAUGUCGAUGGUUGUCAAAAGCAUCCUUUGUGCAAUGAUGACGCCAAUGGUAAUGUACCAUUGGGUAAAUCAUGCAAUCGCUAUUGGCAAUGUCAGGGUGGCUAUCCACGUUUGCAACGUUGUCCAGCCAUGUUAGUUUUCGAUAGGCAUUCGUUGCGUUGCGUCGUACCACCAACAGAAGAAUGCGACAUACCAACAACACCCCUGCCACUAGACGGCGAAAUUGAAAACAAUGUCAACGGUGGUGGACAACUGGCGAAAGACGAACAAGAACGCAAGUUUGCCAACGAAGGUGUACCGCCGUUGCCGUUACAAGGUAAAAAUUUCCAAAGAGCUAGAAAUUAAAUGCCCGCCCUUAGCAGGGAUUCUGCAAUAAUACCGUAUGCGCUGCAAACCAGUGAAACUGAAGACGAACGAGGCGAAUAAAUUGUUUAAGUCACAAGUUGUGCAAAUAAAGGAAAAAAUUUUAUUACAAAUUAAAAAAUAAAAA